CAGCCAUGCUCAGAGUGAGGUGCAUGAGUGCAUGCGUCCACACCAGCCAUGCCCACGCAACAGCUGCCGGUGGUGUUGGUGGUGGCAGCGGCACUGGUUGCUUUCAUCACUGCCAGUGGGGCAGAGGUGAACAAAGGGAAUGGCCUGAGAAAGCCGGUGUGUAGAGAGAUGGUGGAGCUGCAGGCCUGCCCCCUCCUGCACUUGCCUGUCUGUGGGACUGAUGGGAACACCUAUGCCAAUGAAUGCCAGCUCUGUGUGCAGCAAAUGAGAACCAGGCAAGACAUCUGGAUUUUGAAAGAUGGGGACUGUCAAGACAUCUGAGCUUUCCUGAGCCCAGAAACAGGUGAUUAAUUGAUCCUGUAUGCUCUGUACUGAUUGCGCGUUAAAGUUAGCAAAGGUUAAUAAUAAAAUGAUGGGCACAGUCUUA